GAGCCGUCUUGUAUCGUAUUCCACUGACCUGGGGUCAGAAUAAACUCCCAUGGAAGCUCCUUCAUGCAGCAAUGAUGCUUCUCUCCUUGAUCCUGGCAGUUGUGGGACUUUGUGCUGUGUUUGACGUCCACAACGCCCAGAAGACUGCCAACCUCUACUCGUUACACAGCUGGAUUGGGAUUUGCACUGCAGCUCUCUUUGCCAUGCAGUGGCUUUUAGGUUUUGCAGGCUUCCUGUUGCCCUGUUCCCCCGUAGCUCUUCGUCAGCUGCUGAAACCUGUGCAUGUGUGGCUGGGAAGCAGCAUCUUGAUGCUUAGCGUGGCUGCCUGCAUCUCUGGCAUCAACGAGAAACUCUUCUUUGUCCUGAAAGCAGCUGUGAAUGGAAGUCAGCCAUACUCCAGCCUUCCAGCUGAGGCUGUGUUAGCUAACUCACUGGGAGCUCUGAUUGUGGCCUUUGGCUUGGUGGUACUUAUGAUCCUGUCGAAUGGCAAAUGGCAGCGAGCAGACCCCGGGCCCGAAGACUUGACUUACACGUCGUUGCUUCAAGAAGAAAAUGAUGAGAGCUAAACUACAGAUGAAACCACCUGGCUGGAUCAUGAAACAGCUGGAUGCUUUAUUUUGUUUUUUACAGUCAAAAAGAACGUUAAUCAAAGCUGUCAUAUGUUUUUCAUGUAGUGUAUAAAUGUGAUGCACUACAGCUCUUUUACUCUGAAAUGAUUAUUUGAGGUGAUUUUAUUAAUUCUGAUUAGAAAUAAAUAAGUGGCUCAGUGAAAGGCCGCCAUCUGCUAAUCAUAAAGUUGGUUGUUUGAUCCUGUCUUCCUCAUGGUUAAUAAAAUGAGUCAUCCCAAGGGCAGUG